AUGCGUGCAGCCUCCAGACCAGUGCGCGCGUCACUCGCGUCGCCGCCCGCCCUUUGCGCACUUCUCGCCCUCGCCCUGCCCGCCCUAGCCACCCUAGCCACGGCGCAACCGACGCACCACUCUCCACACCAGAUUACACGUUCGGGAAACGAUGACCCAAUCAGAGCGUUCUGCAAUAUUGUAAUAUUAAACAAUGGGGACUUUGAUUCGAGAGCGGUCAAAUCAUACCGCGUGCGACGGCAAACUGUGAUCCCUCCCCGCGGCAGGUAUCGUGGACAAACUCAGUCGCAGUACCUGGCAAUUGACCGUGGUGGCAAGGAUGAGGGCAAGGCAGAGGCGCAUUCAGCUGCAGACUCAUCUAGGGCUAGCGUUAGCGGUAACAGUGGAAUGGGACAAGCACAGAGUCAGUCGAUGUACGAACCUACCUGUGAUGACUGCUACGGAAGAUCGGACCCUGCAGCAGCAAACUUUAAAAAGGGACCCUACGGAUCCAUUGAAAACGGUAAUGGAGGAUACGGCCACGUCCAAAACGCAGGGCCUGGGUGGACUGAACUUUCCGGAAACAGAGGAAUUCCUGGAGCUGGUAUAUAUGGAAAAGAUCAAAAUGGAGGCCCAGGUUUGGGUGGAUAUGGGCCAGCACAAACUGGCGUACAAAAUUUUGGUAAACCAGGACCAAGCAAUUAUUAUGAGCCCGGUAAGGCAUCAGGAGUGGAUCUUACACCCGGUAGAAAUGGAGGUUAUGGACCAAGCGGUGGUACAGAAAGGAUCGGUCCAGGUCUAGUUGGUUCAAGGAACACUUUACAGCCAGAUCGUACUGGUAAGGCAGGUGGUCUAGGUAGUCCUGUUAGUUAUGUUCCUGAUCAGCAAGGAAAUGGAGGAUACGGUUCAAGCCAUGGAAGUGGACAGGGAGGUGAUAAAAGACCGGAUGGUAAUGCAAUUGGUGAUAAUUAUGGGCCAACUCAAAGUGGUGUUUCUGGAGGCUACACACCAGGACAAGGGAGCAGUCUAGGAAACAAAAACUAUAUGCCUGGAAAUCUUAGGAAUCCUCCUGGUUUAACAGGAACUAGCCCUGAACAAUUAGGAACUUUUGGUGGUGAUGGUUUGAGUCCAAAUCAAGUUGGUUCACCAGGCAGAAUAUACAGUCAAAUGCAACCAAUAGCAACCUAUGGGCCUGGUCAGAAUGGUGUCUACCCUCCAGACCCUGGUAAUACUUUGAACAGAAGUCCCGGUAACUUUAUUCCAGGGAUGCAAGGGCCUAAUGGCGGUAUAUAUAUUCCUCCCCCUGAUGGAACUCCAAACGGACUCGCUGUAACUGGACCUGGUGUUAUUAGUGUUCCUCAAGGUGGGGCUAUGACAAAUUUAGGUGUUGCCCCAAUAGGACGUUAUAAUCCUGACCAGAUAACCUCUGGAGGUAAGCAGUUGGGUCCAAGUCAAGUCAGAAACUGGCCACAAGGCACAUAUACUGGCUCUGGAAGCCCUAAUUAUUUAUGUUGCGUAGUUGGCCCCGAUGGUAAUUUGAUUCCAACCGGAGCAUCAGUGUAUAACAGAGGCCCUGGUGUAAGCGGUCAAUAUCCUCAAAUUAAUGGUCCAUACGAUUACGGGAGAGAAGGCAUAGUUUCCGAAAAAAACCGUCCACUAAGUGGCCAAGUAUAUGGACCCAGCCAAAGUAUUGGUCUUGAUCAGAAUGUUGGAAGAGGUGAUACUCUUCGAAAACAAGAAGGAUUUGGAUCUGGUGGUCCUGCCAAUGGGAUCAAUAGAGGCACUAGUUAUUAUCAAGGUGGACCAACAAGCACUGGAAACUACGGUGGAGGUAAUUACGAAACAAGGCCUGUACUUCCACCUGGCGGCAAUAAUAUUUAUGGAGCUGGUCAUCAACCAGUUGCUGGUGGAAGUUUGGUGCCAGGCCAAGGUGUUGGAUCAGGUGACAGUAGAAGUUAUAGCCCUAGUCAAGUAGGAACUGCCAGUGGAGGAAGUUACGUACCUGGACGAGAUGGAAGGACCAAUACAGGUGCAAACUACCGGCCUGCCUUAGUUGAUGUUCCAUCUGGGCAUGCAGGUUAUGGGACGGUCCAUAGUGGAGGUCCAAGCGAUGGGCGCACAUACAUGCCUGACCAAGGUAGAGUGGGAAGUGUGGAAACCUUUCAACCAGGACCAGGGGUAAUAUCAGGUACUCCAUUAAAUAUUGGACCUGGUAGUGGUAUUGGACCAAGUGGCGGAGAAUUUGCUCCAGGAACAGGGACAAAUACAGGAAGUUAUAAUCCUGGUCAAAUUAAUUUACCAGCCCGAAGCGGUUUUGGACUAGGUGGUGGAUCAGACAGCAGUGUAAAUUACGGACAAAGUCCAGGUGGAGAACCAGGCAGUGGCAGUGGUUUUGGACAGAGUAAUAGACCGGGCAGUGGCAACAGUUAUGGACAAGGUAGUGGGCCUGGCAGCAGUGUAAAUUACGGACAAGGUCCAGGUGGAGGACCAGGCAGUGGCAGUGGUUUUGGACAGAGUAAUGGACCGGGCAGUGGUAGUAGUUAUGGACAAGGUAGUGUGCCAGACAGCAGUGUAAAUUACGGACAAAGACCAGGUGGAGGGCUAGGUAGUGCCAGUAGUUAUGGACAGAGUGGUGCACCAGGCAGUGGGAGUGGUUUUGGGCAGGGUAGUGGACCGGGCAGUGGUAGCAGUUACGGACAAGUUAGUGAACCAGGCAGUGGGAGUGGUUUUGGGCAGAGUAGUGGACCGGACAGUGGUAGCAGUUAUGGACAAGGUAGCGGACCAGCCACUGGUGGAAGUCAUGGGCAAAAUCCAGGCGUAGGACUAGGCAGUGCCAGUGGUUAUGGACAGGGUGGUGGACCAAGUGGGGGCAGUGGUUUUGGACAGGGUAAUGGGCCAGGCAGUGGUAAUGGUUUUAGACAGGGUGGUGGACCAGGCAGUAGUGGAAGUUAUGGGCAAAAUCCAAGCGGAGGACUAGGCAGUGCCAGUGGUUAUGGACAGGGUGGUGGACCAGGGAGUGGCAGUAAUUACGGACAGCUUGGUGUACCAGGCAGCGGUCUAGUCGGUGGACCAAGUAGUGGCAGUAAUUUAGGACAGAGUGCCGGUCCAGGUAGCAUUGGACGUUAUGAACCAAAUCAAGGUAUUGGAGCCACCCAUGCUACAGGAAUAGGAGAUAGAGGUUAUGGUUUAAGUCCAGGUAGUGGAUUAGAAAAUAUCGGAAAGUAUGCACCUGGGCAAAAUGCUGGAUCUUCAGGGGGUGUAGGUAAUUUAAGUCCAGGUCAAGGUAGUAAUCUAGGCGGGGGCUUGGGUUACAGCCCUGUCCAAGGUAGUGGACUAACGGGCGAUGGAGUUUAUGGAACGAACCAAGCUGGAAUAGGUGUAACAGGAAAUCGUGGUCCAAACCAAGGUACCAGUCCUGGUGAUGGUGGCAACUACGGACUAGGUAUUAGUCCUGGGGAAGGUAGUAAGAUGAAUAAUGGACAACCCCUCUACGGAACAGAUACGAACAGAUACGGAGGAAAUGUACCGGUGGGAAUCGGAUACGAUCAAAGGUUCCCGGGGCAAAGCAACGGAUACAACAGUGUUCCACAAAACUUUACGGAUCCUAACAACUUGGCAGACGGAGACGAUUCUGAGGCAGAAGCCAGUGUUUCCCAAGCUGCUAACGGAACAACGGCUAAUGCAUCCUCAAGAGGAGGCAACGACAAGGGCCGUGCACAAACUCAUGUUCAAGGCACAUAUACCGGUAGCGGUUCUUUUUCUGCACAAGCCCUCAUAACAGGCGAAAAUAAGGAAGCAGAAAGUGAAGUAACCGGAGGGAAAAAAGGAGCAUCUAGUUCAGCACAAGGAAGUGGUCGAAAUAAUAAAUCACAGGCCAAUGUUCAACUCGGGUCGGAAACAGGAUCGGUUCAAACGCAGUCAUUAACAAACGGCGCGUAUCACUCAUCUAAUUCUCAAGUUCAAGGCAGUAUCAAAGGUGGCAUGGCAGACGCCCAAGCUCGUGGACCAGGUAGCACUUCAUCGCAAGCUCAAAUUGGUUUUACGCCAUAUAAAGACGGAGACAAGGCUCAUGAUUUGCAAAAGAUACCAUUCGUUGGAGGAGGUGUAGCAUCAGCUCAGUCAAGCGGUCGCACGGGUCAGUCUCAGUCGCAACUGCACGGCACCUUUAAGUACGGCAUUAGCUAUAACGGAGCGGCACAAGCCGGGGCGAGCGUAGACAAAGAUGCAGUAUUCCCAAACAGACUGUCGUUCGAUAAAAUUGAUGUAUUUGACGAAAAUGAAAAGAAUAUUAAUGUUGAUGUCGAAAAAUCAACAGACAUAGAUGCAUCUACUUUGGAACCAUCGCUUGAAUCAAUCCCGUCAGAGGAGUCAUUGCCGUCAGAUGACGAUGUUCCAACUGAAAGCAGCGUAACGGAGUUAGAGCCAGGUGAAGAAAAUAAAAAAAGCGAAGAAUCUUUAAAAAAAUCCGAAAGCCGAUAUUCCAGUCAUACACACUUAGAUCACCAUAGAACAAACGAUGAAGCGGCGUCCUCACCCGCACCGGUUGGGGGCACCCGUUCCUUCCAAUCUUCGUACGGUAACAGUGGAGCUGAGUACGAAUACACCACUGAUAGAGAGGACGUCCCGCCGGACGAAUAUGACGCCGACGGUUCGGAGGUGGAGCAAGGUGAAUAUUCUAACUACGAUGAGAUCACACGGGACAAUUUGACACAUCAGCCUCUCCAAAGUCCACGAAAAACCCUCGACGUGAGGCAGACGACCGGGAGCAACACUCAGCACAUCGUACUUGGUUCUUUGAACAACCAGGACGCGGAAAUUACACAAAGGAACUCCGAGCGACCCGAUGAAAGCAAAACAUAUCAACCGGGAGAAAGAGUUCCGGGAACAGGUGGCUACACGAUACCUGCUGGCUUCACCGGCAGUGUCAAAUCGGUUGCUUCGAAAGAGAAAACUUACGUAGUUGGUUCGAAGGAGUCCCCAUCCCAAGCGCAGACUGUGACGUUGACGCCAGGAACUGGGAAAGUAAGGUAUACUUAUCCAUCGAGCUAUGGCAGGCACGUGGAUCCGGGUAAGUUGAGGUCGCUGCAGUCGAAGCCGCACAGUCCUUACGUGACUUUAUCUAAAUCGGUGACGCGCGACCUGGACGCCGAGAACAACGUGCGCAAGCAGUACUCGCACUCAUACUACACCAAGUCCUCUUCAUGCGGUUUUUUCACGUUCACCUGCACGAUGGUCAGCGGCGCAGAAGGCAGGAAAAAAGUUUGCAGGCCAAAAAUACCUACAAAUCCUGACGGGUCACCGAUAAGAUGUUAA